AUGGCAGCCGUUGCAAGACCUUCACCUUCAAACGCCACCUUCAAGGACAAGGAAAAGCCUCAAGAGGUUCGUAGAUCCAAUAUUCUUGCCGCCAGGGCUGUUUCUGAUGCUAUUAGAACAUCGCUCGGACCUAAGGGAAUGGAUAAGAUGAUCAAAACCAGAUCAGGCGAAAUCAUCAUUUCAAACGAUGGUGCUACCAUUUUGAAACACAUGGCUGUUUUGCAUCCUGCCGCCAGAAUGCUCGUUGACGUUUCAGCAGCACAGGAUGUAGAAGCAGGUGAUGGUACUACCAGUGUGGCAAUUAUCACUGGGUCACUCCUUGGAGCUGCUGACAAGCUUUUAAACAAGGGUAUUCACCCAACUUUGAUUGCCGAAUCAUUCCAGAGAGCUGCAAAGAGAUCGUCGGAGAUCUUGCUUGAAAUGAGCCACAAAAUUGAAUUGACAGAUAGAGAAGCUUUAAUUAGAGCUGCAUCUACUUCUCUUUCAUCCAAAAUUGUUUCGCAACACUCCUCCGUCUUGUCGCCAUUGGCCGUAGAUUCUGUGUUGAAAGUAGCCGAAAAUAAUAACGUAGACUUGAACGAUAUUCGUUUGAUCAAGAAAGUUGGUGGUACUAUCGAUGAAACCCAGUUGGUAGACGGAGUUGUGUUGACUCAAAAUGUAGUUAAAUCUGCUGGUGGACCAACAUUGAUUGAAAAGGCUAAGAUUGCUAUCAUUCAAUUUCAAAUUUCUCCUCCAAAGCCUGACAUGGAAAACAACGUUGUGGUGAAUGAUUACAGACAAAUGGAUAAGAUCUUAAAGGAAGAAAGGGCCUAUUUGCUUAAUAUCUGUAAGAAAAUCAAGAAAGCGAAGUGUAAUGUUUUGCUUAUUCAAAAAUCCAUUUUAAGAGAUGCUGUAAAUGACUUAGCAUUGCACUUUUUAGCCAAGUUGAACAUCAUGGUCAUUAAGGACAUCGAAAGAGAUGAAGUAGAAUUCUUGUCAAAGGCUACUGGUUGUAAGCCAAUUGCAGAUGUUGACAAUUUCCUUGAAGAUAGAUUGGGUACUGCCGACAGAGUCGAAGAAAUUGAACUGUCUGGAAGUAAGAUUGUUGAAAUUACUGGAGUCACUCUGAAGAACUUAAAGCCAACUGUAUCCAUAGUUUGUAGAGGUGCCAAUCACUUGAUCCUUGAUGAAACCGAAAGAUCCAUUCAUGACAGUCUUUGUGUCAUUAGGUGUUUAGUUAAACAAAGAGCAUUGAUCGCUGGAGGUGGAGCCCCAGAAAUCGAAGUCUCCAGAGUGUUGAUGAGAGAAAGUAACACACUUUCUGGUGUGGAGCAAUUCGUCUGGCAAGAAUUUGCCCAAGCAUUGGAAGUAAUCCCUACAACUUUGGCUGAAAAUGCUGGUUUGAAUCCAAUUAACGUCGUCACAGAUUUAAGACAAAGACAUGAAAUGGGAGAAAAGAACGCUGGGGUAAGUGUUAGACGUAGUGGAGCCUCAAACACAUUUGAUGAACACGUUUUGCAACCAGUUUUAGUCAGUAUAAGUGCAAUCAACUUGGCUAGUGAGUGUGUGAAGUCUAUUUUGAGAAUUGACGAUAUUGCCUUUAGUAGGUAA